AUGGCCAGCCGGUCCUACCGCAUCAGACCUGGCUAUGGGGUCAGGGACUUCAGCUCCUGCUUGGCCAUUGUGCCCAAGCCUGGAGCUCUCAGUGUCUCUAGUGCCGUGGCCUACUGUGGGGGUGGUCCUGGGGGACCUGGCUACAGGCGCCUCAGGGGCUUCGGCAGCUGGAGCCUGUGUGUAGCAGGGCCCCCGCAGCUUGUGGUGAGUUGUGGAUGGUCCCUAUAUAGCAGGGGAAGCUUUGGCUACCAGGCAGGGGGCCUUUGCGGACCCAGCCUACCCUGCAUCACUACCGUGAUGGUCAAUGAGACCCUCCUUGCACCCAACGUGGAGAUCGACCCCAGCACCCAGUGCGUGAAGCACAAGGAGAAGGAGCAGAUCAAGUGUCUUAACAAGUUCGCUGCCUUCAUUGACAAGGUGCGCUUCCUGGAGCAGCAGAACAAGCUUCUGGAGACCAAGUGGCAGUUCUACCAGAACCGCCAGUGCUGUGAGAGCAACCUGGAGCCGCUGUUCAAUGGCUACAUCGAGACCCUGAGGCGGGAGGCCGAGUGUGCGGAGGCUGACAGUGGGAGGCUGGCCUCUGAGCUCAACCACGUGCAGGAGGUGCUGGAGGGCUACAAGAAGAAGUAUAAAGAAGACGUGGCACUCAGGGCCAUGGCUGAGAAUGAGCUUGUGGUGCUGAAGAAGGACAAAGACUGCACCUAUUUGCGCAAGGCUGACCUGGAGGCCAAUGUGGAGGUGCUGAGGGAGGAGAUGGGCUUCCUGCGGACCCUCUAUGAUGAGGAAAUCUACCUCCUUCAGUUGCACAUCUCUGACACCUCCGUGGUGGUCAAGAUGGACAACAGCCAGGAGCUCAAUAUGGACUCAGUCGUGGCCGAGAUCAAGGCUCAGUAUGAUGAAGUCGCCAGCUGCAGCCAGGCUGAGGCUGAAUCCUGGUACCAAACCAAGGUGGUGAAGGAAGUGAAGGCCACCACGACCCAGCAGGGUGAGAACCUCCGCAGAACCACGGAGGAGCUCAGCGAGCUGAACCGCAUGAUCCAGAAGCUGAUGGUGGAGGUGGAGCGUGCCAAGCCGCAGCGCUGCAAGCUGGAGGCCCCUGUGGCCCAGGCUGAGCAGCAGGGUGAGGCCGCCCUCAGUGAUGCCUGCUGCAAGCUGGUGGGGCUGGAGGCCGCCCUGCAGAAGGCCAAGCAGGACAUGGCCUGCCUGCUCAAGGAGUACCAGGAGGUGAUGAACUCCAAGCUGGGCUUGGACUUGGAAAUUGCCACUUAUUGCAAACUGCUGGAGGGCGAGGAGAGCUGGGUGUGUGAAGGUGUGGGCUCGGUCAACAUCUGUGUGAGCCGUUCCCAGGGCAGCGUGGUCUGUGGGGACCUUGAUGCCACCGUCCCUCUUGGCCUGGGGGGCAUGGCCAUCAGCAGCAGGGCCCUCUGCGUGCCCUCCAUAGUGGGGGCCUGCUCCAGUGCGAGAUGGGUGACAUUUGCAUAG